AUGUCCGACAACGCAUCCUCCAGUUCGAGUCGCACUCUGCACUCAGCUGACAGGCUACCCAACGCUCGACCGUCCAGUACUUCCGACUCGCAUACUCGAGCUCCUCAAGCACCCGCAAAAGCAACCUCCUUGCCGCGCAAAAUGUCUAGCGCUCGUCCAAGCGGAAAGGGCGCGGAUGUCAAGAAUAAAGAUGCACCCGGACGACCUACAGUGUUGCCCGCGAACGGCGAUGCCGCUGCUGCAAACGAUGACGCAGCAAGUAGCGCAAUGGGCGGGACCGGAGGCGGUUCUAACGAUGGCAAGGAAGACGGACCAAAAGGUCGCAUGCUGAGCUGCACCGAAUGUAAGUGGCAGCACCGACUGAGAAUGAUGGCAUAGAGUUGGAGGCUACAAAAGCACGAUCGAUCGCGAAAGCCAACAGGCUCACCGAGGGACAUCGCGCGCAUGUAUGCGCUCAACGCAUGCUCUGGUCCGAUGAACAUCUCGGUAGCAUCCCAACUCAUCAGCUGACACUCAAGUCCGACUACUUUGUUCCAUUAAGGCAAAAGGCGAAAGAUCAAAUGUGAGUAGCUGCUCUCUUACCCCCUUUGGGCGCUUGUGGGACCUCGCGCUGAGAUCUGCCGUACGUGUUCACCCCGUCCAGGCGAUCGAGAGUGUCCGUGUGGACCUUGCUUACUGCGCAACGAGGGCAGCAAGUGCAAGCAGGUCAUACGCUGGGAAGCAGGCUGCUCUUUGACAGAGUUCCAACAGCUUCAAAAUCGCGUGCGCGAGCUAGAGGGGAGAGUAAAGGGGCUUGAGGAUGUCAACGGCCCAGCAAGGCCAGUACGCUGGCCGAACCCAGAUACCAAGGGGCGUCAGGAAGAGUCGUCGCGUAGCCCGUCGAGGUCAGGUUCUGCCGGAGCAGACGCGCAACACAUGUCAUCUCGUAAGACGGAUCAGCGAUCCCCUCCGCGUGGUGUGGUGCCUCUGCACGAGCACUCUGGUCAAGCUCAAGCCCAGUCUCAAGCGCUCGGAAAUUUUGCGCCAGGCUGGACAGCACCUGGCGCUGUACCUCUUGCUGCUCAUAAAAGGGAACGCGACAUGGGUGACGAAGAUGCCGCUAUGAUGUUGGAAGAGUGAGUUCAGGCAGGCGGCGUUGGCCGAGUCCCCAAUGCAGCAGAGUCUGAUGGCUUUGCUUCUUCUUGUUCAGCUAUGCCAUGGGCAAUCGCAUCAAUACGACGCAUGCCGCUGCACGCUUGGCAUCUGGAGACGGAGCAGCUCAAGGUCGAGGCAAACGCUCGAGACACGACUUGACGUCUCGAUUUGAAGGUUCUUCGGAUUUGCCUCAUCUUGUGGGCGCUCAAGGUGCCCUUGCGCGCGAUACUGCGGACAAGGCUGGUUUGCGCGAGAUCAAUGGCGGUGCGGGUGCAGACAAUGAUGCUCAGCAUUCGCCGACGACGAGCUUCUCGCAAAGGUCAGCAGACUCUGCUCCGGCAGUGGCCUACCGAAUCUUGUGCCUAUCUCCUUCGCCAGAGAUAGUACGGCGGAUGGUCGCCUACUACUUUGACCAUCUGGACUGGUACACACGAGUCCUGCAUCGUUCGUCUGUCGAAGCCGUCUCGGAAAGUCUCCUUUCGCUGCCUCCCGAAGUAGCAGCGAGAAGGAUCAGACCGGCAAGCCUCUGCAUACACUUCUUGGUCCUUUGCUUGGCCCUGCACCUGUGCGGUCCGGAGGAGGUUGCGGAGUGGGGAAUGGAUAGACCGCAAGCUGCAGUGCUUUGCGAUCAGUUCAAUGCGGGAGCCUAUCAGCUUUUGUGGGCAAGCGAUUUCAUUGGCAGUCACCAGGUCGAGCAUCUUCAGGCUGUCAUGUGCGUGUCACAUGGUCCGACGCGACGCGCACCAAAGGACUGACACCCGCGUUGACCCUCGUCGCAGUCUCAUGUCUGUUUACGCGUACAAUCUGGACGACUCUGACGCUGCUUGGGCGCUCGUUGGUGCUAGGUGAGCUUUCGCUGAGGGUCUAUUGUCUGAAGAAGCCGACCGCUGCUGCGGAUGCUCACUGGGCUGACCUCACGCGUCUUUGCAGCAUCAAAAUUGCGCAAAAUUUGCGUUUGAACAGGCUCGAUGACCCACGCGUGGUCGCGACAAAUCGGUCAGGAGCGGCUACAAGCAGCGCGGCAAAGGGUCUCUCCGUGCUCACAAAUACAUUGGAUCGAGAGAUAGGCAGGCGCGUGUGGUGGUAUUUGACCUGGCUUGAUGUAAGUGCAGUGCUCCCAAGUCACCGGCCCAGUCACCGCUUUUGCAUAGUACUUAGCAGCGGAGACACACCAUGCGCAGGUCUCACAUGCUCUCUCGCAUGGCGGCUGCUACUCGAUCUUGCCGGCUCACAACGCCACCGCCGAGCCCAUGAAUGUCGAUGACGAUGCGCUCAACAAUGAAGGGCACGCCGCGCCGAAAUCUCUCAGCGAAUACACGGUGAGCAGAGCUCUCAGAGAUCAUCUCUCGGCGUUUGUGUCUGAGAUGAGACUCUUGUACGCAUUGCUCUCUCUCUCUACCGCAGACUUCAAGCUUUUCAAUAUUCCGCCUGCGAUUCCUGCUGCUGUAUCGGGAGACGAUCGACUUGACGCACCAGCGUGGCGGUCCUACAUACGCCCAGGUGAUGGAGAUGGACAAGAAAUUGCUUGGCUUGAUGCAAAGCUUGCCAGAAUAUUUUGCUCUCAGAAUAGAAGACAAUGAGUCUGUCUGGAACGUUGGAGACACAAACGUAUGUUGUCUUGUUUUCGCCGAGGGUUCUCGCCUUUAAGAAAGGUGUCUCUUACUCGCCACCGAUUGCUAUGUCGCAGCGCGAUCUGGAGCUGCUCAGUAUCAAUUUGACCGCACAUAAUCGACUCUUGCGCCUUCAUCGGCCGCAUCUCAUCAAAGGGCUGGCUGGAAAGGAUCAGACCACGGUCUCUGCUCGACGAUGCAUUGAUGCUUCCAAGGCAAUCUUGCGCAUCUUGAGACACGCCAAACGAGCUGCGCCAAUGUUGCUCAAGGUGGGUCCCUCACUGAGCCCGGCAAGUCGGAAGUCUUACCUUUCGGUUGACAACUCUGUCUUUGCUAUCCCAAGAUGUGGAUCAAUGUGUAUUAUGGAUUCGGAGCUGCUGUCGUCGUCUUUCUUGCCUUGUGUUACGAGACUGACCAGGACAGCGAGGAAGCGGAAGCUAAGCGGGCUGCAGUCAACGAAAUGGCCGGUGAGCGAGGGAUGCGAACAGUCUCCGUCUUGUGCCGACAUUGUUCACCGUCUUACAAACGAACUCGGUGCUCACGCGCAGACAUUUGCAGUACGGCCUCGCAUCUGAGCGCAGGCGCAAAGAAUACUGGAACUCUACUCAGAGGUGUGAGUGGUAUAUCCCGGCGUCAGAUGCACAAUUUGGCUGAUUUUUAAUCCUCGCGUCCUCUCAAUGUAGCUUUUGGAAGCUGAAGUGGAGCUGCGUAGAGGACCAAAGACUCAGGGUGCCAACACUAAGCGCAAAAAGUCUGGUCUUGGGGAUGAAGGAGGCCGCGGUCCCUUUUUCAACCUCGUCGCGCGAGUUCUAGGAGAUGCUACGAGCCAACCGGCCACCUCACUCUCUGCACUGCAAAAAGAUCUGCCAAUGUCUUUCGACAGAGCUUCACCGCACCUGCGUCGAUCCACUUCGACGAGCUUUGCGCGCGGUUCUGGUCCCAGCUUUGGUUUCCCAGCUGGUCUCAGCUCACCAUUAGCGAGCAGCGGACCGACGCAGCAAUUCCCAGUGUCCGUCUCACGUUCUGACGAGUCUCUUCGACAGCUCGCUGCUCCCUCUGGGAAUGGAGUCGCUACCACGACUGGACAUUCUGGCUUUGCUGCUCCGGGACCCCUCUCGCCAUGGGGUGGCAGUACAACAUCGAGCUCCAAUGGAGUCAGCGGCGGCGAGCGGGGAAGGAGCGCGAGCGGAGCCGGAAGUUGGGUCAAAGGACCGGUGUCACACCCGGUCAUUGGCAGCCCACACGGCAGCAACGGCAAUGGCGGUGGCACGGGAAAUUAUCCAGCCGCUGGCGGUCUCUUGCACACGCGCAACAUGCCCUCGCCUGGACUUAAUCCUGGCGCCAGCGCGAGCGGCCUGACACCGCCUCUGAAUCUUGCUGGCCAAUCGCUGACCAAUCUGCUAGACGAGGAUAUCUUUUCUACCGUCUUUUCCGAAGCUGCAGUGCCCGGAGAAGUGGCUCUCACGGAUUGGGGUGCCAACGAGUGGGAAGCGGCUCUUGCACAGACUUACAACAUGCCUCAAUCCAACCCUCAGGCUGGGUUUGGUCCGGCUUCCAGCAUUGGACCCGCUGCUAGCGCACCUGGCCAUGGAUACGGCCCUGGAUAUGGUCAGGGGAGCAAUCCGUCAAGCACGCAGAUGAACCUUCCAUCUCUUCACAUGCCCAAUCAUGGCCACUCUUUUGGCCACGGCUCGCCCUCGCCCGCCCCUUUGGCUCCUUCGCCGGGGCACCAUGCCCGCGCGAACUCGAACUCGAGCGCGCAUCCUUCACAUUUCCACCAUCACGCCUCCUUCUCGCCAGAAAACCGAAGAUGA